AAAAAUCCCCGGCUGCUCUGGUUUGGCUGCCGCCCCGCCAUGAAGCAAAAGUUCGUGGUGAAGGUCGAGCUCAAGGACAACAGACAGAGGUCGAAAGCGUUGACAGCAGUCGCCGCUCUCCCCGGCGUCGAGUCGAUUUCUUUGGAAAUUCAUGGGAAUAUCGUGGUCAUCGGGGACGGCGUUGACAUCCUCCAGGCCGUGGGAAAGCUGCGAAGGUUGUUCGGGCAUGCUUCUCUCCUCUCCGUCAAGGAGGAGAUCAAGAAGACAGACGACAGCGGCCACGAGGACGAAAGCGGUGCGACUCCUCCGUGCGAGUUCACAUUCGGGCACUUGAGCCGUAUCACAAAUAAUUUCUCAGGGGAGCGCAUAAUUGGUCGUGGUCGGCGUGGAUUAGUUUACAAGGCGAUCCCUGCUGCUGCGGAGCCUCCCCUUGCCCCACCUCCAACAAAAGCCUCGUUCCAGAACGGCGUUCCAGAUCACAACAACUUGACUGGCCCCCCCAGCGGCGGAGGUUAUACACCUAAUGGAUUUUCAGAAGCGAAGCCUCCAAAUCCUUCGGAGCCGGUUUCAGGGAUGCCGCCGAUGCCACCUAGCCAGAAUCAGUUCUCAGCACGCGGGAGGGCGGGUGUUAGAUCAAGAUACGUCGACACAUUCAACAAGGGUGGUGGCGGAAACUCCUUCGGAGGGCCAUCAUACAACAGACCAGCCAUGCCACCGGUGAACAAGCUGCCCGCCGCCAGUUUCUUCGUCCCAACUCCAGCCGCAGAUGCUUCAAUGCAGCCGACCGAGACAGCAGCCGACGCGCACAGCGAAUCCGCAAGCCAGGACGGGCCAUCGUCCUCGCCGGCAGUUGAGUCCUCGUUCUACGCCUCCCCGCCACCCCCAAUGCAAAUGCAAACGGGCAUGCAGCGGCACCCGAGCAUGGACAACAUCAUGACCCCCUCUGGCAGCGGCAACGGCUCCUUCUCGAAGUCACGGGCAGCAUCCUGGAGCGGGACAUACUCGGAGCAGAUGAGCAGCACGGCCGCCUCGAGAUCGCCGGACGGGCAGACCAUGCAGUCCCCGCCAAUGAUGCCCGGCGCGAGACCUUCGCACAGCCGCUCCCACAGCAACUCGUCCCUCAACCGGUUCAACAGCGGUGGGUUCGGGGAGGAUCUCCAGGAGGUGGAGCUCUGAUACUCGAAACAAGGUUACCAAGAAAAAGCGCGAGCGAGGCCGCCAGAUUUUUCUUUCUUCUUCUUGUUGCUGAUAGUUCGUUCUGUAUUUAAUAUCCAUGAUGAUAUAUAUGUCGCUAGAAAGGUACAAAAAAAAGGAGAGGAGCGGCGUCCCUUUUUCCUUUUUUUUUUUGCAUGGGAAGCGUGCGGACGCCAUUGUACAUGAUAGUUGUUCAACCAUCAUCUCAAGCCAGAUGUUGGAGAGAGAAGAAAUAAAUGAGUAUCCAGGGAGAGGGAGGAGAGGAGACUUGUAGCAGUAACUUGUUAAGAUAGCAAGAAAGAAGCAUGCACAAACUAGGUACAUUUUAGAGCAGUCCUUUGAUUCAUCUCAUCAUCAUUAUGUAACUUGAGACUUUGGAUUUCAUAAUUGGUUGAGGAUGCUGGGUAAGCUCAAUGCCAGUGCUCUUCUGUCGAUUC